UCGUGGGCUGGAGGUGCCACCAUCACGGUUGGUUUAAUGAUCAAUUCAUUCCCGCUCAGAAAGCCCUUCCUGACCUGGCUGUCCUCAGUCGUCUGGACUUGGCAGUGGUGCUCACUACAGAAUGACUGCCAACAACUCUACCGAUGGCCUCCAUGUUCCCGGGCCACAGCUGAGCGUGACUGACAUCGUGGUCAUUGCAGUUUAUUUUGCCCUGAACGUGGCCGUGGGCAUAUGGUCUUCUUGUCGAGCCAGCAAGAGCACAGUGAGUGGCUACUUCCUGGCAGGCCGGGACAUGACAUGGUGGCCGAUCGGAGCCUCCCUCUUUGCCAGCAGUGAGGGCUCUGGACUCUUCGUGGGACUUGCGGGUUCAGGAGCUGCUGGAGGCCUGGCUGUGGCAGGCUUUGAGUGGAAUGCCACAUACGUGCUGCUGGCUCUGGCCUGGGUGUUCAUACCCAUCUACAUCUCCUCUGAGAUCGUUACCCUGCCUGAAUACAUCCAGAAGCGCUUCGGAGGCCAGCGCAUAUGCAUGUACCUGUCUGUCCUGUCUCUGCUGCUGUCUGUCUUCACCAAGAUAUCGAUCGACUUGUACGCAGGCGCCCUUUUCGUGCACAUCUGCCUGGGCUGGAACUUCUACCUCUCCACCAUCCUCACGCUCAUCAUCACGGCUCUGUAUACCAUUGCAGGAGGCCUAGCCACUGUGAUCUACACAGACGCUCUGCAGACAGUCAUUAUGGUGGUGGGAGCAGUCAUCCUGGCCAUCAAAGCUUUCGACCAGAUUGGCGGUUAUGGGCAGCUGGAGGCAGCAUACGCCAGGGCCAUCCCCUCCAGGAUCAUUGCCAACACCACCUGCCACCUGCCACGUGCAGAUGCCAUGCACAUGUUCCGGGACCCCUAUACAGGGGACCUCCCGUGGACUGGGAUGACCUUUGGCCUGACCAUCAUGGCUACCUGGUACUGGUGCACGGACCAGGUCAUUGUGCAGCGGUCACUGUCUGCUCGGAACCUGAACCAUGCCAAGGCAGGCUCCAUCCUUGCCAGCUACCUCAAGAUGCUUCCCAUGGGCCUGAUGAUCAUGCCUGGCAUGAUCAGCCGUGCACUCUUCCCAGAUGACGUGGGCUGUGUGGUGCCCUCCGAGUGCUUGCGGGCCUGUGGGGUUGAGAUCGGCUGCUCUAACAUCGCCUACCCCAAGCUGGUCAUGGAGCUGAUGCCCUCUGGUCUGCGAGGGCUGAUGAUUGCGGUGAUGAUGGCUGCGCUGAUGUCGUCGCUGACCUCCAUCUUCAACAGCAGCAGCACGCUCUUCACCAUGGACAUCUGGAGACGGCUGCGGCCUGGAGCUGGCGAGCGGGAGCUGCUGCUGGUGGGACGGCUGGUCAUCGUGGUCCUUAUCGGUGUGAGCGUGGCCUGGAUUCCCAUCCUGCAAGGCUCCAGCAGCGGGCAGCUCUUCAUCUACAUGCAGUCUGUGACCAGCUCGCUGGCUCCCCCGGUGACCGCAGUCUUCAUCCUGGGCAUCUUCUGGAAGCGUGCCAACGAGCAGGGGGCUUUUUGGGGCCUGAUGGCUGGACUGGUGGUGGGCGCUCUGAGGCUGGUCCUGGAAUUCCUGAACCCCGCCCCACUUUGUGGCCAUCCGGACAUGAGGCCGGCUCUCCUCCAAAACAUCCACUACCUGCACUUCGCUAUAGCCCUCUUCCUGCUCACUGGUGCUGUCAUGGCUGCUGGGAGUCUUCUGACCCCGCCCCCCCAAUACACUCAGAUUGAGAACCUGACCUGGUGGACCCUAGCUCGGGAGCUGUCCCUGGGAGCCAAGGCAGGUAGCAACCCAACACCCCAGAAACACGCUUUCUGGGCUCGUGUGUGUGGCUUCAACGCCAUCCUCCUCAUGUGUGUCAACAUCUUCUUCUAUGCCUAUUUCGCCUAACACUGCCACCUGACAAGAAGGUGGAAGCCUCUGUCCUCAGGGACAGGCUGACGAUGACCCCCACAGCUUCACAGCAGGCCAGUGCCCAGCAACUGAAGGAACUCUGAAAACAAAGCGGGGAAAUGGGAGAACACAAGAUAAUUCCCACCUUGAUCUCACA